AGAGAACACUGCUGUAGUGGUUCGGUCUUUUCCGCCGCCUGACAAAAGGGCAGCCGAGAAGAGCCGACGUGUGCCGGAUUGACCAAACGCACAGAAACACACACUGCCACGUCAGAGCCCGCUGUCUGUGUACGCAGCACACCUCGGCAUCUUCAGUGGCUUAGUGGGAAUGCAGUGGUGACCACACUGGUAUGAUUAACAACUCAAGGGGUAGGAUAGCAGGCACAGGUUAAACAGAAGGUCCCCAGACUGUACAGAAAGCAGGUUAGCAAACUGCGGGCGCAUAUACAACGUAAACGGGGAUCGUUAUGGGGUGCUUUUCGCUGAAUGUCGGGGUGCUGCUGUGCGUUCUGCUGCACGAGUAUGGGGUGCACGGCAUCUCAUUCUACUUGCCUCCCCGCGCGAGGAAAUGUUUGAGGGAAGAGAUCCGCAAAGACGUUUUGGUCACGGGGCAAUACGAGGUCACGGAAGUGCAUGACGUCGUCACCAAUUUAAAGGUGACGGACAGCGCGGAGCAUACCCUGUAUAAGAAGGACAACGUCCAGAAAGGGAAGUUCGCCUUCUCGACCGAUAACUUUGACGAGUUUGACAUCUGCUUUGAGAGUGUGGUCCCGACCGGCUUUGAGGGGGUCACCGAACAGCUGAUCGUUCUAAACAUCAAACACGGUACUGAAGCCAAGAACUAUGAAAACAUUGCCAAGGCAGAGAAGCUAAAGCCUCUGGAGGUGAAGCUGAGACAGAUGGAGGAUCUCUCAGAGUCCAUCGCCAAAGAGCUGAGCUACAUGAAAAGCAAUGCUGAGCACCGCAGCAACACCAAUGAGUCUACCAGUUCCCGGGUGCUGGGGUUCAGCCUCCUCUCCAUGCUGUGUCUGGUCAGCCUGGCUGUCUGGCAGGUGUUUUACCUGCGACGAUUCUUCAAGUCCAAGAGGCUGAUUGAGUGAGGAGGGGCCCUCCACGCCGCUGCCCUUACAAAAGCACACCACAGUCGAGGCAUUGCCACAUGUAGUAAUACAGAGAAAUAAGACUCCUGUUGCUCAGCCCGAGGUUCAAAUCCCCGCUCAGCCACCGACUCGCUGCGCGUGACCCUGAACAAGUCACUUAUCUGAAGGAUGGAGCACAAGGAGGUUGAGAAUUAAAACCAAGGUCCUUUUGUACAUAACUCUGCAGCAGCAGUUAAUGCAUAGUUCACCUCCUAGUCUCCAAGUCACUUUUGAUAAAAGCCAUUUAAAAGCAGGUUGAUCCAUUCCUGGCUGUCAUAUGAGUUUUAAAAAAAGAGACACACCUGAGCUUGUUACCUGUACACUGGGGCUAAUCAAGCUCGUUUUUGAACCAGGAAUGGAUUGAACUGCUAUGCAACGGGAGUCUUAUUUCCUUCCCUGGAUUAGUCUGGUGGCUCUUCGCUGGACUCCCUCCAGGGCUACAAUGUCCAUUUGGUGCUGUGGUGACCAGAACUGGACACAGUAUUCUCAGUGCGAGCUCACCAGUCCAUUAUACACCCUCAUCAUGACCUCCUUGGAUCUCCAACCUCGGUCCCAGGGGACC